AUGGGUUUUGGAGACUUCGAUUCAAUAUGCCACGCUGCUGCGGUGCCAGUAUGUUCGGUGGUGGGACAUUUCUCGACAACAUCGAACUCUUUUGGAAUCGAGGCGGAUUGCUUUGCGCGUAAUAUUGAAUUGGCCAACACCAUAAUAUUCCAAGGCGCUGCAUCAUUCAUGCAUAUUGUUGCGCUCAUAAUGACGGUUAUCAUGAUCCUUCAUGUGCGGAGCAAAUUUACUGCAGUUGGCCGCAAAGAAAUCAUCGCAUUCUUUUAUAUAUACAUGGGCCUAACCUGCGCCUCUCUCAUCCUCGACUCUGGUGUUAUACCCGUUGGUAGCGACGCAUAUCCAUACUUCGUCGCCGUACAAAAUGGCCUCACAUCUGCUCUAGCGGUUUGCCUGCUUAUCAAUGGUUUCGUUGGUUUCCAAUUAUACGAAGACGGUACCACACUCUCAGUCUGGCUUCUCCGCCUCGUCAGUUUCGCAUUCUUCGUCAUUACCUUCAUGGUUUCGUUGGCAACAUUUAAGACCUGGGCAGGUUUGAGCCCGACGCACACCUUGGGUCUCUUCGUCGUUCUUUACCUUGUUUCCGGAAUUGCGCUUGCGGUCUACAUCAUCAUGCAGAUCAUUCUCGUAGUAAACACCCUGGAAGAUAGAUGGCCACUGGGAGAUAUUGCUUUUGGGACUUUCUUUUUGAUCAUCGGCCAGGUCAUCCUGUACGUUUUCAGUACCAAAAUCUGCAACGCAGUUCAGCACUAUCUGGAUGGUCUCUUUUUUGCGACGAUCUGCAAUUUGUUAGCUGUUAUGAUGGUUUAUAAGUAUUGGGACUCAAUCACUCGUGAAGAUCUCGAAUUCUCUGUCGGCACUAAGCAACACAACUGGGAAGUUAAGGAACCUCUAAUGGAUGAUGAUCGGAGAACCACCAUUUAUCAAGAUGAAAAUUCCGGAACCUUCAGCCAGCAACAAGCACACGGACGAAAUUCCAAUUAUGGUGGUUUCAACUACUAA